AGGAGAGGAGAGGCGGGAGAGAGACAGAGAGGGAGCAAGAGAGAGAGGGAAAGGGAGAGGGAGAAGGAGAGAGAGAAAGAGAGAGAGAGAGAGAGAGAGAGAGAGAGAGAGAGAGAGAGGGAGAAAGCCACCUCACCAAACACUGAAGACGGGAGAGGGAGAGAGAGAGAAGAGGGGAAAAAGCGAAACCACGGAAAAGUGUAUGCAAGAGACAGAAAGAGGGAAGAGCCCGACCACAAGAGAAGGAAAAAAGGGAGAGGGCUCUGAACGCAGAGCAGAGGGUGAAGAGAAGAGACUUUAUAACACAGGGAGGACACUCAGAAGGGGAAACAACUUUGGGUGUCCAGCAUGUCCACCCCCCCGCCCCCGCCCCCGUCUGACAAUGGCCCCGUGGACGUCAACAGCACCAGCUUCUGGAUGCCGGGAAACUACCAUGGCACGGUGAAGCGCACGGAGAACUCUUUCCAGGCGUGCAACGACAUGGUGGCGUGUUUCCAGGAGAGGGCUCGUGUGGAGCGCCAGUACGCUCAGCAGCUGGCGGAGUGGAGCAAUAAGUGGAAGCCCCUAGUGGACGCUAGUCCGCUCUAUGGCUCCCUGUUGAAGGCAUGGCAAUGCUUCCUGUCGUCCGCCGAUCGCAUCGCGUCUUUACACUCCUCCAUCUGUCGCUCACUCGUUUCGGAGGACGGCGACCGCAUCCGCACCUGGCAGAAGGAUUCCUUCCGCAAGAAGAUGUUCGGGGGCUUCAAAGAGUCGCAGGACUUUGACACCGGCUUUGCACGUGCUCAGAAACCGUGGGCCAAGAAACUGAAAAAGCUGGACAAGGUCAAGGCGGCGUUCCACAAGGCCUGCCGCAAGGAACAGGUGGCCAAGGACCGCGAGACGCACGCCAACGGCAACCCCGACGUGGCCAUCGAGAAGCAGAGGAAGAUCACUGAGGAGUGGGAGGCCACCCACGCCGAGACCGAGAAGGUGCGUGCCAGGUAUGAGAAGGUGUUAGAGGAAGUGACACGCUACGCGCCGCGCUACAUGGAGGAGAUGGAGUGCAUCUUCGACCAAUCACAAGAGGAGGAGAGGAAGAGGAUCAGCUUCCUCAAGGAGGCCUUCCUCUCCAUACACACACACCUGGACGUCACCAACAAUGAGAGUGUGAAGGAGGUCUACAAUGAGCUGCAUGCCACUCUGAUGGGCAUCAAUGAGGUGGAGGACCUGCGCUGGUGGAAGAACACACACGGCCCCGGCAUGCCCACCGACUGGCCACACUUCCAGGAGUGGACGCCGGACACGAAGAGUAAAAAAGCCAGUAAGAGUAAGAAAGACACGGAUUCUCUGAAGGAACCUAUCGAUAUCGAAAGUGUGGUCAUGAUUGGAGGAGUGAGGGUGAGGGCUCUCUAUGAUUACACCGGACAAGAAACAGAUGAGCUCUCCUUUAAAGCUGGCGAGGAGUUCCUGAAGACGGAGGAUGAGGACGACCAGGGGUGGUGCAGGGGGAUGAUGGACAGCGGCCGAGAGGGACUCUACCCCGCCAACUACGUAGAACUCGUCUAAUGACACACCACAGUACCGCACGCAGCAGAGAGAGGACGACACGCAGAGAAGAGAGAGGAAGAGAGAGAGAGAGAGAGAGAGAGGGAUGAAGAGAUGGCAAGAAUGCGAAAAAAAAGACUUUUCUUUACAUUGUGGUACUUCAUUUCCGCGAGCGAUCGUCUAUGUAUGUGUGUUUGUGAAACCGUUGAUGUUUACUUGUGCAAACGGCUCCACUGAAGGUAAUGAGCAUGUGAUCUGUCACGUAGGGUGGGCUUGUGGGAGCAGUGUUGCCAGAUGUGUCUGAUAAAAACCCGCCCAAAAGGUUCUCAAAAACCGCCAAAAUGUGCUAAAUUCCGCCCAAUUUCAACAAAUUGCAUUGAUUUCUACGGGCACAAAACUGCAGGGAAAAAAAACGCCAAAUCGCCAAUUUUUCCCGUAGACGGCCAUCUUAAGUAACCCAAUUGGGCAGGUAACCGCCCAAUCUGGCAACAUUGUGUGGGAGUGCUAAUGAUUAUAUGGUAUGCCACUUAGUCAUCACGGUAACAUAGUGACCCAAGCCACUCAUGCAUGUAUUCACACGACAUACAGUAUAAAUACGCCCCUUUCCCCUACACACACAAACAAAUACCCUAUAUUUACGCCUAUGUAUGCUGUACAAAGCUGCAAACUACACCUGUCCUGUACCAACACACACACACACACACACACACACACACACACACACACACACACACACACACACACACACACACACACACACACACACACACACACACACACACACACACACACAGGAUGUUGUGUUGUUUACUCACUCUUCAUUCCAUGUUGCUAUUAAUAUCGUACUGCAUUAAUGCAUGGGUGCACAGCACAGGGAUGGAAGAGAGCUCAUUGUGACACAAGUCUAAACCACUCUUAAAGUUAACACAAGUCUAAACCACUCUUAAAGUAAAAUGUUUACCUAUUGUACCUAGCUGACCUUAUACGACAUUCAGGUGAUUGUGUGUCCGAAGGAUGCCCAAUCUUGUGCCAAUUUCACUUUCAAUGGUCUCACAGAGACAGUGGUUACAGAUUAUGUAAUUAUUGAAGGAACAGAGAUGAGUUCAAAACCAUUUAGAGAAUUAAUCGCAUAGCAUGUGUACAUUAAUGUUGUUUCUUUUCUCAUGUCAUGGGGGGAAAACGCUCUGCUGUGUUGCACAAUCUAAGAGGCAACGGUUGUGAAACUGCAACUUUUUAAAUCACCACUAGAUGCCACUAAAGUUCGAUUGCUGUCAGGGCCUUAUCAAACAUCUUCUAGUAGAGUAAGAUACAGAGUGCGUUCCAAUAUGCGGCCUUGCCUCCUCCACUUGUGCUUGUGGCCUCGCCCCGCCUCCUGGCCCCUCCUCCGUGGAGAAAGCAAUAACGUUUUCCCAGCUGUUAGCCUAGCCACAACAACUUUUGAGGGACUGUUCAUUCACCAUCCCAAUUGCAAAUGAGAAAAAGACUUUACAAUUGAGCUUUUGCAAGAUAUUGAAAUAUAAUGCUGUUGUCAGUGAUGUCAUCAUGACAUAUUACUUCCUGGUACGAGGAGACAAGCACAAGUGGAGGAGGCAAGGUCGCAUAUUGUAACGCACUCAAUGAAUGGAGUUGGUGGGUAGCGCACGUCUUAUGCAAGCUGUCACCAAAUGCCACAGAAAGAGAAGAAGCACCAAGGACAACAACGUCUCCUUUGGAGACCGAACUUUAGAACACUCCUUUGUAAAUGAAUUGGGUGGGCGGAGUUUGAUUUGUCUUACUCUACUAGAUGUUUGGCCUUAUUUUUUGAAGUUCUAUCGCUGCCAGGGCCUUACAUAUUUUGUUGGAAGCGAGACGCAGCCUGACAAAACUAUUUUAUUCUUUGGCUCUCUGAUGUUAUCUAUCUGUUUGUUCGUGCUCCUUUUGACUUAAUGGUAGUGUACUGUAUAUGAUUUUUUUUUUUGUACAUUCAGUUUUACACAAUUCUACGUUUUACACCAUGACAAGACGUCACUCAGCUGUUAGUAGAGAUGUCGUUGUCAGUUUUGAGUAUUCAGCUGUUCAGUUUUCAAAUGGAUUUCGUAAUAUAUUUCCACUACAGAUGUGUAGGUUAAUAGUAUGUAUUGCAUGACUCUAUGCUGGCAUCGUUUAAUGCACCCACUGCUAUUUUUGUCUAUGAGUUUCACAAUGAGAGAAAAAAAAUAGCCUCAAUACCAAAGACUUUUUUUUUCUUAUGGCUUCUAUUCUGCGGGGCCUCAGUCCGUUGAUGCCAUGGGUGUGAGCAGUUUGAGGGAGCUCUCCUUACAGCGAAUCAUCACGCUAGUCAUCACCCAGCAGUGUUCUCUCUCUCUCUUUCUCUCUCUCUUCCUCUCUCUUUCUUUCUUUCUUUCUUUCUUUCUCUCUCUCUCUCUCUCUUUCUUUCUUUCUUUCUUUCUUUCUUUCUUUCUUU